AGGCCGUCCAGGAUCAAGUUCCCGCCGGCCCGCCUGCGCGCCCCCGCCCCCGCCGGUGCCCCGCGCCCUUUGGCGCGCCCGCCGGAGGACGCCAUGGAGCCCGCCUCGCAGGGCCUGGGCCCUCCGGGGGGGGAGCCGGCGGCCAGGCCGCGGAAGCGCAAGAUCGUUGUGCAGAGGACGGUGUCCGCAGAGGAGUACCAGCGGCACAAGGCGCGAAUGGAGGCGGCUGGCCUCGACCCCUCGGAGCCGGCCCCGCCGUCGCUGGCUGAGACCGCGGCGCCGCCUGGGCCCGCGCCGCCCGCGCGGCCGGCGGCCGGCGCCGCGCUCUCCUUCGCGCCCCAGAGCGAGGACCCGGCCCCGCCCCGCGGAGGCUGCCGGGGAGCUCGGCGCCGCAGCGCUCGGCCCUGAAGGCGUCGGCGAAGGCGGGCGCCGCGGGCAGCGCCGCGCCGCGGAAGAGCGUGCAGCUGGCGGACAGCGGGCCUGCGGAGGCACAGAAGCGCACGCUAGGAGACCGCGCAUCGUCGCCACCAAGCAGGAGCGGGCCCUGGCGAGGUGGGACGAGCAGCAGGCCGAGUGGGAGCGCUUCCGGGAGGCGGCCUCGCAGAAGACCCAGCGGUCCAAGAACGAGCUCGUAAUCGCCAAGACGGAAGAGUACCGCGAGCGCCUC